CUGGUAAGUUAAUUCCACCUCGCUCUUGGCAUUUUGAGUUCUGCCACUCCGCAAUGAACCUGUGGUUCCUGCUCGUGCUGCGUCGAUUUGUCGUACUUCGCCUUUGGCAUCCGAGGCUGAUUUGCCUCUCGAGAGGGGAAUUGUUUACUGACGGGCAAUGGCUCCAGGUGACCCUCAUCCGUCCCCUUUCAACCUCCAAACACAUCCACCCCGUCCCGUUCCAACAUGUCGAAAAGAGACGCUCAUCUCCAACCGCGCAUGUCCAAGAAGGGCCCCUUCUCCGUGGAGGCCCCGGGCUAUGAGCGCGUUGAGGGCGAGACCAUUCCCCGUCGCCUCCCGGUGGCCAAGGACGGUCUGGUCCUGAAGCCCUCGGAGGAUGUCGCAACCGUCUACGAUAAUUUCCGGCGCUCUGCGCGGGUCUUCGGCAACGCGAAGGCCGUCGGCAGCCGUCGCCUCAUCAAGACCCACGUCGAGAACAAGAAGGUCAAGAAGGUCAUCGACGGCAAGGAGCAGGAGGUCGACAAGCAGUGGUCCUACUUUGAAAAGAGCGGCUACUCGUACAAGAGCUUCGUCGAGUAUGAGCAGACGGCGCUCCAGCUGGGCGCCGGUCUGCGGAAGCUUGGACUCGAGAAGGAACACAAGGUUCAUCUCUACGGUGCUACAAGCGCCAAUUGGCUUCUCAUGUCGCACGGUGCCUCGUCUCAGUCGAUCACCAUCGUUACCGCAUAUGAUACCCUGGGUGAGGACGGAUUGAGACACUCUUUGGUCCAAACCGAAAGUGCCGCCAUCUUCUGCGACCCCGUACUGAUUCCCGCGGUGGGGAGCGUCCUCAAGGAUGCGAAAUCCAUCAAAUAUGUGAUCUACAACUCUUUCGAAGAGCCCAAGAAGGAGGAUCUGGACCGCCUGAAACAGGAAUACGACCAUCUGGAGAUUCUGAGCUUCGACGAGCUACAAAAGCUGGGCGAAGAGAACCCCGUGGACCCCGUUCCCCCUACCCCGGAAGACCUCUGCUGCAUCAUGUACACCUCCGGAUCGACGGGUCCGCCCAAGGGUGUUCCUCUGACGCACAAAAACGUUAUCGCCGCUACUGCCGGUAUCAACGAGAUCGUCGGACAGUACAUCGGCCCCUCGGAUAGUCUCCUCACCUACCUCCCGCAAGCGCACAUCCUGGAAUUCGUGUUCGAGAACCUCUGCCUGUUCUGGGGUGGUACCAUGGGUUAUGGCAACCCUCGCACGUUGUCGGACGGCUCCAUGCGCAACUCCAAGGGUGAUAUUCGCGAGUUCAAGCCCACCAUCCUCGUCGGUGUUCCAGCCGUCUGGGAGACGGUGAAGAAGGGUGUGCUCAACAACCUGAACAAGAACAACUUCCUCGUGAAAGGCAUGUUCUGGGGCGCCAUGUCGGCCAAGAACUUCCUGAUGGCAACCGGUUUCCCCGGAUACAGCGUGGGUGCGUCGCUUCUCGACACCGUUGUCUUCCGCAAGCUGAAGGACGCCACCGGUGGGCGGUUGCGCAUCAUGAUGAACGGCGGUGGCCCCAUCUCGAAGGACACCCAGAAGUUCCUGUCCAUGGCCAUCGCGCCCAUGAUCAGCGGCUACGGCCUGACCGAGACCUCCGCCAUGGGUGCCCUGAACGACCCGAUGGCCUGGAACCCCGACGCGCUCGGCGAGAUGCCCGCGUCGAUCGAGGUGAAGCUGGUCGACUUCCCGGACGCCGGCUACCUGACGAAGAACAGCCCCCCACAGGGCGAGAUCUUCAUCCGCGGCGGCAGCGUGACCACCGCGUACUGGAAGAACGAGGAGGAGACCAAGGAAGCCUUUUCGCACGACGGCUGGUUCAUGACCGGCGACAUCGGCGAGUUCGACCAGUACGGCCACCUCCGGAUCAUCGACCGCAAGAAGAACCUGGUCAAGACGCUGAACGGCGAGUACAUCGCGCUCGAGAAGCUCGAGUCCGUCUACCGCUCCUCCCCCGUCGUCGGCAACAUCUGCGUCUACGCCGCCCAGGACCAGGACAAGCCCAUCGCCAUCAUCGUCCCCGUCGAGGCCGCCCUGCUGAAGAUCGCCCGCGAGAACGGCAUCGAGGGCGACUCCGUCGAGACCCUGGUGCACAACGAGAAGCUGAAGGGCAUCGUGCUGAAGCAGCUGCAGACCGCCGGUCGCGCCGCCGGCCUCCGUGGCAUUGAAAUCAUCAACGGCGUGGUUCUCUCCGACGAGGAAUGGACCUCUCAAAACGGCUACAUGACCGCCGCCCAGAAACUCCAGCGCAAGAAGAUCGUCAACCACUUCCAAAGCGAGGUUGACCGUGCGUACGGCAAGAAGAAGGACGUUUAAGUGCAGAAUACCAAUAUCAAACCCAAGCUAUUUAAUCUGUGGUUGUACGAGGAAUCUUUUGCUUGAUGUUUGACUUUCCAUUACUAGUUAUAUAGCUCUUCCGGCUUUUGUUUUGUGUCUUUCCUAUUUCCUAUGUACUGAGCUUUUUUUUUCCUAUUUGAUCCUUGCAUCUGAUUUGAUAUCAUUGACUGUUGCUGUGAAAUCGGAUGGCUUCUUUUCUUUUCCUUUCUUAUUUCCUACGCAAUUGAAGUUGCUCCUUGAUUUUGUUGGCGCAAGCAAGUAUAGUAUAGACUUUCUUCUCUUCUCAUAUAGGAUGUCGACCUGAUCUGAUAUGAUCUGCUUGUCAAUAUCAAUCAUGUUCUUGAC